AUGCAAGCUGUAUAUACAAAGGACUUAGUGCCGAACAGAAUAACUUCAUCACAAAGAAUUCUUUCUGAAGCAAUAAGCAACUUUCAAAGCUCUGAUGAUCAAAUCACAUUGGAGGCAUCAACAGAAUCUUUAUUUCUACGUAAUUAUAUUGGUGGUGAAUGUAUUGACUUAUCAAAAAUUAUAAGGACCCAAAUCAAUAUAAAAGCACCAGAGUUCGAUAGUUACACAAUAGCAACAUCAAAACCUGAUAAUCCUACACAGACCACAUCCACACAGCAUAGUGCACCGGAAGUUGAACGAAGUAAAAGAAAAGAUUCUUGUGGGAUGAUACUAGGCUUCACCUACAUCAACAACAAUGAU